GCUCAUUUAAUCUCCGCCAAACAUUUCAUCAACAAAACUAAAACGUCAAAAAAUGGAAGAAGAAGAUAUGGAAAAUCCAAUUACUCCACCGUGGCUAGAAUUACCAUCUGAAAUUACAUCAACGAUACUACAAAAGUUAGGGACAAUAGAGAUACUGAGAAAUGCAGAUAAAGUGUGUACAACUUGGAGGCGAUUGUGUCAAGAACCAGCCAUGUGGCGAGUUAUUAAAAUGCAAAAUGCUGGUGCUGAUUUCUGGGAUAGUGAAGAUGAUUUGGAGAAGAUUUGUCGUCAAGCUGUUGAUCGUAGUCAGGGCCAAUUAAUUGAUAUCAGUCUUGAGUACUUUGGUACUGAUGAUUUGCUCAAUUAUAUCGCUGAAAGGUCACCUCAGCUCAAGCGUCUUAGACUCGUAUGUUCCUAUAAUGUCUCAGGUGAUGGGUUGAGUGCAGCAGUGAAGAAGUUCCCAUUAUUGGAGGAGCUGCACCUGUACUACAUCUCAAUCACCAAAGAAACCAUCGAAACUAUAGGCCGUUCUUGUCGUGCUUUAAAGUCUUUUAAAUUGAACAACCAGAUCUGUAGACACCCCUACAUUGACUACGAUGAAGAGGCGAUAGCAAUUGCAGAGAACAUGCCUGAACUGCAGCACCUUCAACUCUUUGGAAAUAAGAUGACAAAUGAGGGAUUGGAAGCUAUUCUUAACGGUUGCCCUCACCUUGAAUCACUUGAUCUUCGACGAUGUCUUAAUGUACAUCUAGGAGGGGAUGUAGGGAAGCGAUGUUCUCAACAGAUCAAAUAUCUAAGACACCCUCAGGACCCCACUGAAGAUUAUGGGCUUGAUACUGAAAUGUGCGAUUAUGAAUCAUUUGAUGAGGAUUACCCAUCUGGAUUUUCUGACAUCGACCUCAUCUCGGAUGACGAUGAUUAUUAUGAAUUUUCUGAUGCCAGCAACUAUUCUGAUGAUGAAGAGAUGUUCUUUGAAUAUUAACGGGCCUUCUAUUCUGUUGAUGACGUACUGCAUUAAAUCUCUUAGUUUUCAUAUCAUUUGCACACCUAUAUUGUUAUUCUUGUAUCCUUUAGUUUUCUCUCUCUUUUUUUUUUUUUUGAAACUGGUAACUUAAUUUUCUCCUUAUCAUAUUGUGAAAAUAUAGCGAAUAGGAAAAGCAUAACUAGUUGACUGGUUUGUUCAGCCCAAAUAAUAUAUAAGGCAACUUUUCUCGGUACUUACCAGGUUACUGUAGCUGGUUAAGUUGCCCGGUGCAAGUGUAGAUUUAUAGUUGUUAAAUUAAAUAUCCUUUACCUCUCUCA